AUGGAAAAAAGUAUAUAGCUCGAGCCUUCUCUUAGUUGAGCGUUUCGAUCUUCGCAACGGAAAAGAAGGGAAUUGGUGAAAUCCUGAAGCAAGUGACCUGCUAUUUGGGAGUUGGCAAGACCAACAUUAGUUAGCUUUACCAACUUAAUUUUUCCUAUCAGAAAAGAUUGGGAAGUUUGAGCUUAAAGAAGGCUCGAGCUAUAUGAUUUCCAUUAAUUAGUGAUAAAGCAAAUCCAUUUAUGAUCAUAGGUUGAACAAUGUAAAAAAGUAUAUAAAACAUUUUUAUUUUCUCAACCGAUUUUUGUUGCAUAUUUUCGGGAUUGAUUUACAAAUCAUGGCCAAGAAGAUUUAUCUAAAAAAACACCACAAGGAUCUGAUUUAUGAUAUGUAUACUAUGAUUAUGGAAGUAAGGAGCUUUUUAAUUAUACUCCACAAGGAUGUUCGUCAAUUGAUGGUCGAGACUCUCCAUUAA